UUACAGCCACUCAAGAUAAACUGAUUCUUCAGGAAAGUGAAAUUAAGGCUCCGCUGCCCAGCCUGAAUGACUGCAUUGGCAUGGUGGACAGCAGGGCAGAAUCCACUGACAAGAUUUCUAGAUUGGAUGCUGAGCUAGUGAAGUAUAAGGACCAGAUCAAGAUGAGAGGGGGUCCUACAAAGAAUAUGAUUACGCAGAAAGCCUUGCGAGUUUUAAAACAAAAGCGGAUGUACGAGCAGCAGCAGGACAAUCGCACCCAAGAGUCAUUCAACAUGAAACAAGUCAAUUACACCAUCCAGUCAUUGAAGGAUACCAAGACCACGGUUGAUGCUAUGAAACUGGGAGCAAAGGAAAUGAAGGUAGACAAGCAAGUGAAAACUGACCAGAUUGAGAAUUUACAAGACCAGCUAGUGGACAUGAUGGAAGAUGCAAAUGAAAUCCAAGAAGCACUGAGUCGCAGUUAUGGCGGCCCAGAAUUAGAUGAAGACGACCUAGAAGCAGAGUUGGAUACACUGGGUGAUGAGCUUGUGGCUGACCAAGAGUUCUAUUUAGAUGAGGCAGCAUCUGCACCUGCAAUUCCAGAAGGUGUUCCCACUGUCACAAAAAACAAGGAUGGAGUUCUGGUGGAUGAAUUUGGAUUGCCACAGAUCCCUGCUGCAUACAUUUGCAUUUAAGUACAUCAUGUAAAACAUAUUAUGGGACUAUGAAAUACUGAUCUUUCCAAAUUUACCAUAACAGAUACGUUUCUGUCCUUUCUUUGAAGGAAAGCUUAAUUACAUUGCUCUUCUAUUUUUUUCCUUUGAGACUCAUUGCUUGGGAAAUGCUUUCUUUGUACUAAAACUUGAUUCUGGCAGGGCGCGGUGGCUCACACCUGUAAUCCCAGCACUUUGAAAGGCUGAGGCAGGCAGAUCACAAGGUCAGAAGUUCGAGACCAGCCUGGCCAACAUGGUGAAACCCCAUCUCUACUAAAAAUACAAAAAAUUAGCCGGGUGUGGUGGCAGGCGCCUGUAGUCCUACUCUUGGGAGGCUGAAGCAGGAGAAUCGCUUGAACCCAGGAGGCGGAGGUCCAGUGAGCCAAGAUCGCCCCAUAGCCUGGGCAACAGAGCAAGACUCCGUCUCAAAAAAAAAAAAAAAAAAUCACUACUGUAUCAGAAGUGGGUAUUUUGAUUCUGUGGUUUCCUUAAUACUACAUCUUGAAAUCAAUAAUGAAUAUUUCUUGAUAUUUGAUGAAUAGGACAUUUAUUUACUCAAUUUUUUCAAAAGGAAAAAAAGGCAUAAAUUACAAACAUAUAUUAAAAAGAUGAGACAGGCCGGGCACAAUAGCUCACGCCUGUAAUCCCAGCACUUUAGGAGGCCGAGUUGGGCAGAUCACCUGAGGUCAGGAGUUUGAGACCAGCCUGGCCAAUAUGAUGAAACCCCAUCUCUACUAAAAAUACAAAAAUUAGCCGGGCAUGGUGGCAUGCGCCUGUAAUCUCAGCUACUUGGGAGGCUGAGACAGAAGAAUCACUUGAACCUGGGAGGCAGAGGUUGCAAUGAGCCAAGACAGCACCACUGCACUCCAGCCCAGGCAACGAGAGCAAUACUCCAUAUCAAAAAAAAAAAAAAAAAAGAUGAGGCAAAAAAAAAAAUCCAGAACCUGCAGAUUACAUGCUUGCAAACUAGAAAAUCUAUCAACUACAACAAAUUGAAAAUAAUAAAAAUGUAAGAUCUACAAGAAGCAGUAAAUUUCCUUCAUACCAGCAAUAAUCAUUCAGAUGAUGGCAGAGUACCACUCACAGUAAAAAGAUAUACAGGAAGAGACCAUUCACAAUAAAAAGAUAUACAGGAAGGGCCGGGCGUGGUGGUUCAUGCUUGUAAUCCCAGCACUUUGGGAGGCCGAGGAGGGCGGAUCACGAGGUCAGGAGAUGGAGACCAUCCUGGCUAACAUGGUGAAACCCCGUCUCUACUAAAAAUACAAAAAAAUUAGCCGGGCGAGAUGGCGGGUGCCUGUAGUCCCAGCUACUCGGGAGGCUGAGACAGGAGAAUGGCGUGAACCUGGGAGGCGGAGUUUGCAGUGAGCCGAGAUCACGCCACUGCACUCCAGCCUGGGCGACAGAGCGAGACUCUGUCUCAAAAAAAAAAAAAAAAAAAA